ACCAUUGGACUGUGCAGAGAAGCUUCUUGCAAUUCCAGAGGGGUGAUAAGGCAGGGAAUGAGUACAACCAAGGUGGGAUGUGUUGGGAAUUAUGAGCUGGGCCGGACCAUAGGUAAAGGCACAUUUGCCAAGUUCAAGUUGGCACGGAACAUCCAGACUGGCGAAUUUGUAGCCAUCAAGAUCCUAGAUAAAGAGAAGGUCCUUAAGCACAAGAUGGUUGAGCAGAUUAAGCGGGGAAUUUUGGCAAUGAAGUUGAUUGAGCAUCCUAAUAUUGUUCGCAUAUACGAGGUACCUUUCUUAACGUUCUAGCUGAUUAGAAAGUUGGAGCAGGCAAUUUCUGAUCUCUUUGACAAAAUCAAUGUUUUCAUUAACCUUUAGGUGAUGGGAAGUAAAACAAAGAUCUACAUUGUGUUAGAAUAUGUUACCCAUGGUGAGCUCUUAGACACCAUUGUUAAUAGCGAUCGAAUGAGGGAAUGUGAGUCAAGGAGGUACUUCCAACAACUGAUCAAUGCGGUUGAUUAUUGUCAUAGCAGAGAUGUGUAUCACCUGAAUUUAAAACCUGAAAAAUUACUGCUUGAUUCACGUGGAAACCUGAAGGUAUCUGAGUUUGGGCUGGGCGCACUAUCUCAGCAAAUCAAGACUGAUGGAGUGCUGCACACAACUUAUGGGACUCCAAACUAUGUUGCACCAGAGGUCCUUGAAGGUGGAGGCUAUGAUGGUGGAACGGCUGAUGUGUGGUCAUGCGGAGUUAUCCUGUUUAUUCUGCUAGCAAGGUAUUUACCUUUUGAGGACUCUAAUCUUACGAGGUUGUAUAAGAAGAUAUCGAAUGCAGAAUUCACAUUUCCACUGUGGACAUCUUUUCCUGCCAAGAUGUUGUUAACAAGAAUCCUCGAUACAAAUCCCAUAACGCGAAUAACAAUCCCAGAAAUACUACAGGAUGAGUGGUUCAAAGAGGGCUACAGGCGCCAGGAGUUUGACAACAAAUAUGACAUCACCACAUUGAAUGAUGUGAACGCUGUCUUCCAAGAUUCAAAAGAGCACCUCGUGACAGAAAAGAAAGAUGAACCAGUAUCUCUGGAUGCAUUCGAUCUGAUUUCAUCAUCAAAAGGCUUUAACCUUGAAAACUUACUUGACUCAGAGCAGGGGUUCAAAAGAGAAGAAAGGUUUACAUCAACUUGUCCACCCAGAGAAAUUAUCCACAGGAUUGAGGAAGCUGCAACAACCCUAGGAUUUAGGGUUCAGAAGAAAAAUUACAAGUUAAGGCUCGAAAAGAUAGAGGCAGGGAAGAAGGGAAACCUUAAUGUUGCUGCUGAGAUACUGCAAAUUGCACCCUCUUUUCACGUGAUAGAAGUCAGAAAAGGAGAAGGUGACACUCUGGAAUUUCAUAAGUUCUGCAAGGACCUUUCCAAGACCUUAAAGGACAUUGUCUGGAAAUUCGAUGAUCUCUAAAUGCAACCAGCUUCCUAAUAGAACCAGGGGAGAGGAAAGAUGGAAAACUAUUUGCAUAUCAUUCUUCCAAGCACAU